ACAUUUCAUUGAAUGUCCUGAGAGAUGAACAACUAUUCGCUGAAGGACAAAGUGCUGUUCAUAACAGGCGGAAGCCGCGGCAUUGGAAAGGCCAUCGCCCUACGCGCAGCUGCCGACGGAGCCAAUAUCGUUAUAGCCGCAAAAACGACUGCCAAAAACGCCAACCAAGAUGAAACCAUUUACUCGACAGCCGAGCAAAUUGUGAAGGUAGGAGGACAAUGCCUACCUGUUUUUUGCGACAUUCGCAACGAAAAAAACAUCGAGGCUGCCAUAAAAGCUGCAGUCGACCGAUUCGAAACUAUCGAUAUCUUGAUCAACAACGCGUCCGCCAUUCACCUCAGAGGCACACUAGAUACGGAAAUCAAGCGCUUUGACCUAAUGCACAACGUGAACGUGCGCGGAACCUGGAUCACCUCUAAGCUGUGUCUGCCCCACUUGCUAAAAUCGACAAAUCCGCACAUUUUGAACAUUUCUCCACCCCUGCUAAUGGAUCCAAUCUGGUUCGAAAAACAUACCGCCUACACCAUCUCCAAGUACGGAAUGAGCAUGUGCGCCCUCGGUAUGGCCCGAGAGUUCUCUAAACAGGGCGUGGCGGUGAACGCAUUGUGGCCGCUGACCAGUAUAGCAACCGCGGCGACCAAAAUGCUCGGCGGAGAAGAAUUGCUGAAAAAAUCCAGAAAACCAGAAAUUAUGGCAGACGCGGCUCACGCCAUUCUAACUCGCUCUUCGAAACAAUGCACGGGAAACUUCUUCAUCGACGAAUACGUCCUCCGCGAAGAAGGCGUCAGCAAUUUUUCAAAGUACGCAUACUCCCCCGGCCACAGACUCACCAUGGACUUCUUCGUCAAGCAACAAUCACAAGGUAAACUCCAAAACAACGGACAAGACAAAGUCAUUGUCUUGCUUCAAAUCAUCCUCCAAAACUUCGAAAAAAGCAACAUCUCCAAAACAAUCAACUCAAACCCCUCAAGCACGGCCACUCUGCAGUGCAACGUCAAAGAGGACUGCUACAGGCCAGAGCAGACCUACACCGUCGAGCUAAAAAGCGGAGACGCGCACGUCGUAAAGGGAAAGCCCCUCAGCAAACCGGACUGCGUCGUCAGCUUGUAUAUGGAUGACCUAUACACAAUCGUCUACGGAAACCUAGACCCACACAAGGCCGUGUCAAACAACCGAAUCACAGUCAUCGGCGACUCGAAACUUGCCAUGACGCUCCUGGGAUCGCCCCUCAAUGCCAGGCUCUAACGCGCGCGCACAAACGGUCCGUGCAUCCAAGUGUAAGCGCGCGCCUGUCACUGAUGCGCUCCGCACACACACAACGUGCGCGUGUGUAUGUAUUUAUACAAUGUACCCUUCCUCUCUCGCCCCCAAGCGAGCGAGGCGCGAGUCGGACCACGCGUCGCGUGUGUCCUUCGAACCGCGUUCCAAACACGGAACUCUGCUCUGUCUUUACGCUCCUUUCUUCUGCGUGCCGAGGCCUCCCGCCACGCGCGAACGUCCGUUCUUGAGAGGCCGGGACCACCCCCGCUGUGAAGCGAACGUCAUCUGCGGCCGCGUACGAACCAAUUCACUUUCACGGCAAAAAGAAAAAAAAUCUGUCUUGUCACGGAUUUUCGCUCGCGAGAUGAACAAACUCCAUCGCCUUCGCCAUCUUCGACAAGUCCCGCCGAAUCAAGUAAAUCUGACAAAAAACAACCAAUACCACGCAUAUCAACACCAGCCUCUCCAUGCUGAACGCACUCGCUCUGCCCGCGGAGGCCUUGGGCGUGACACCACUGUCCUGAACCCUCGGCACAACCUGGUGGGGCGGCUUCGAGAUGAGGUCUCGCAAUGACGUGUCAACGUCUUUGAAGCGCUCGUCUAUCAAUUCAAUACACGCCUCCUGAGCCAGUUGCAGCUUCCUGAUUUUGUGCGAAAUAUCCGGCUGAUUUUCUUGCUCGUCGGUAGUGUUCGAAAGAGAAUGGACCCUUUCUAUCUUGCUCGCGUUCAAUUCCAUCUCUCCGGAACACUCGGACUCUUCUUCGGUCGCGCUGUUCGCGGUGUCGGAAACCGCCGAACUGAAGUACGGCUUGUUCUUCUCCCAGUCUGGAAUAGCCUGGCGAAUGCAUUCCAACCACUUGUCGGCCUCUUCCUUCACUCGAAUGAUCGCGUAAUCACCCCCAACUGGCAACAACGCGCGCGAAAUGGUCUCCCCCUUCAACCCAUUCUUGCUGUAAAUAGGAUAAUGAUUCACGUUGUAAACCUUGAAACAAAAGUCGUUCAUCUUGCUCGGACGCGGACGCACAUCGCAUCCGCUCAGCAUCAAAAUCCCAAGACAAUUCCUCCUAGGCACGUCACUCUGUGAUCUAUAAUAAAUCAAACGACCAGGCUCCAAAA